AUGAUGACCAUUAUUAAUCCAUCAUUAUAUUCCUCUACUUCUCCACAAAAUAUGAAUACAUAUUCUUCAUAUGGAUCACCACAACAAUCGGCUAAUCUUUCCUUUAAUUCUUCAACUUUUUCCAACAACAACAAUAAUAAUAAUCCAAUAGAACAACAACAAUCUUUAAUAUCCACCCAACUAAAACAACAACAUCAACAAGUAUACAGUGCCAAUACAUACCAAAAUUAUUCAACCAAUUCCAACAAUGUAGAAGUUGCCAAGGUUUUACAUAAUUCUCUUACUUCACCACAUAUUUCCUCAAUGGUAAAUAUGAGUAUUAGUUCUCCUUCACCUAAAAAGAGACCAUUUGGCAUGUCAAUUGCAAUGCCAACAACACCUAUUGUCUUGUCCAACAAUUCACCAUAUUUCCCAUCCAAUUCUUCAUCGUCAGACAUUGUAGUACCCCAAACUACAACCAACGUAAAUCCUUCCUCCUCCUCCUCCUCCUCCUCUUCUUCUUCGUAUAAUGGUAAUCACCAAGACCAAGUAUUAAUGAGUCCACCAGCUCUAUCGAUUCUUUCACCAUCAUUAUUGGGGGGAGACAUAGAGUCACCUCCAGAGAUGGACCUAGAGGAAGAUGAUUUCGAUGAGCAACUCCGAGAUUAUCUAACACCGGUCCUCUUUGGAAUGAUGGAUCAAUACUCUAGAGACCAUCUAUUCAACACGAUUACCGACUAUUUGAAUGAAGAGCUAUCGUUUAGAAACUUUCUUCUUGAACUUCGAGUCAUUCCCAUCAUGGACAUGAACUACAAAACCAUUUUUCAAUACCUAGUCGAUCUAUUUCUCUAUGUUGAGCAAAGCCAAAAGAUGGUAUCAUUCCUAAAGGACAAUGGCGUCGAAGAGAAUGAAAUCAACAUGGAUCUUCAAAAGGCGUUACUAGACCAACACCACCAGAGUCAGCAACAAGACCACCAUGGUAAUCCACUCUUUAAUAUUGGACUAUCAAAGAAAAAGAGAGAAAGAGUAAGAAAGAGUGUGAGUAGAGGUUUAAGAAAUCCACCAAAUAAAUGGACAAAGGAAGAAUCACAGAAACUGAUACAGUUGGUACACGAACACGGUGACAAACAAUGGAAAAAGAUUGCACAUCAAAUUGGUGGAGGAAAGACAGGUGCACAGUGUGCUCAACAUUGGAAACGAGUAUUGUGUCCAGCCAUCCGCAAGGGAUCUUGGGACGAAGAAGAAGAGAGUAAAUUGUUUUCACUCGUAGAGAAACAUGGUCAAAGUUGGAAGAAUGUAGCAUCAGAGUUGAGAACUCGUACCGACAUUCAAUGUAGAUAUCAAUAUUUUAAAUCUUGCAUGUCAAGAGAAGUAUUAUGGUCACAAAAAGAAGAUGAAAUGUUACACAAAAGAGUGAUGGAAUUGGAACCAACCAAUAUGUUGAACAAUUCUGGUGGUGGUAGCACAACAAUCAAAGCAAUAACAAAUGGAGAUCAACAAGUUGCAAAUUUAAACAAUAAUGGUAGUAGUAGUAGUAGUAGUAGUAGUGGUAAUAAUGGUGAUUUAAAAGAGAUUAAUUGGAUGGAAGUUUCAAAAGGAAUGGCCCGAGGUAGACAAACAAAGAUACCAAGAACUGCUUUAGAAUGUAAAACAAGAUGGUUAUUAUUGGGUUAUUCAAAUACUUACUAUUAA